ACAGUUGGUCCCUGGUCUGAGUUGGGUUCAAACGGUUCGUAUCUUCUGUCAAACGGUUUCAACGUUCCUAAUCAAAACGCUUCCUCGUUGCGAAAAAAGAAAAGGUGUUUGUAACGGCAGAUUGUAAGUUGUAAUCUCUUCGUGAAUUCCUCUUUCGUGCAAGCUCGCGCAACCCAUAUCAAACAGAGGAUGAUGAAACAAGACGAGUUUGUUGGUCGUGAGUGGCUCUUCGAUGAUAUCGACAGUUGGAUAACAAGAGAUCUUGAGGCGAACGAAUCUCGAGCUUUUGUGAUCUGGGGUGCUGCUGGUACUGGGAAGACCUCGUUUGCCAGAGAGUUUGUCCGUCGACACAAGGAAAGGAAGCUGGUGGCGUAUCAUUUCUUUGAAAAAGACAAUCCUCUUACUUAUCAUGUACAAACCAUUGUCUUGGACCUGCAAAAGGUGCUGAAGAAAAAUCUUCCUGGCUACGCUGCCUCAUUUAUCCCGGGCGACAAGCUCCGCACCCAACCGGAGAAACUGUUCAGUACUUUAAUAACAGAGCCAUUGCAAAAAUUGCCUGAAAAUGAUAAAAUGUUUCUAUUGGUUGAUGCAUUGGAUGAAAGUGACUCCACAGCUUCUUCUUGUUUCAUCAAACUAUCAACAAAUCUCCCUCAAUGGCUUCGCAUCUUAUUCACUUCGAGACACGAUGUCACUGAACUUUCCAACCACUUCCAAGAUUCAUGUUUCGCCAGUCUAGACGACUUCAAGAGCAGUCCUCAGACCCUCUUGUCUCUGACUGAGGAUAUCCGUGAAUUCGUCGCUACGAAGUAUACAAAACUUCAAGGUGAAUAUCCCAACACCAUUCCGCCUUUCUUUGCCAAUAAUGACCAGGCUGCCAAAGAGAAGGUAGUUGAAGCAAGCCAUAAUUGCUUUUUGUAUGCCAAACUAGUCAUGGAGCAUAUAUUUGCCGGCCAUGGCGAUAUUGGUUUGCCUCGGUCGUUGUUUGAUCUUUAUGAUCUGGACUUUGAGCGACGCUUUGCGGAUGUCAAAUUUUUCCAGAAAAAAAUCGCCCCCGUGAUUGAGGUAAUUCUUGCCAUCGUUUCUUGUAGUGUUAAAUUGCACGAGGAUGGGUUGAGGGAUAAUAUUUUACUCAGUAUGAUUUCUCCUUCCUUUGACUUUUCAUGUUAUUCCGAAGAUGAAGAACGCCUUGUAAGCGUUGUAAAUGAAGGCCAUCUUGCGCCCGGGUUCUCCAGACGUGAUCUCGACAAAGCUCUUGAGCUGCUGUCUGCGUACCUAAUCAAAACAGCCAGCGGUUGUUAUCAGUUUACCCACAGUUCUGUGAGUGACUGGUUCAAUGCUCAAGAGAAAACGUCGAAUUUCUUUUGCGAUGUGACCAAAGGUCAUUCGAUUAUGGCCUCAUCUAUGAUGAAAACGUUGAAAAGAAAGCUUCCUCCCGAUGACGAGGUAGCUUUCAGAAACAGCGUGGACGUGUAUUCUCGACUUCUAGUUGAGAAGUUCUUCUUCAUUCGUUAUCUUUAUCACUCCAGUUUUCUUCCAGAACGCGAAGCUUCACGUGUGAAUACUCUGUUGUCUGAGUUGGGUAUAAAAGAAAUGAAUCUUCUCGUUGCUGUCUCAGGGAUGCGUAUGGGUGGCCCCAGCCCGGCCCCAAUAUACACGCCCUCCGAGUAUUUAACUAUGAGAAUCCUCGAUGAGACAGACGUCUUGUUUUCAAUGCAUUCACUGCAAAUAGAGACGUUUUUCAAACAGGCUAUAGAAGCAAACUGCGCUAGUGUUCUUGAAAAAUUCUUCAAUUUCUCAAGCUGGUUGUUUAGUCCCAAGGUCCUUUCUGCAAUAUCUGAUGCUGGCCCAUUCGAACAGCUGGUUGAGUUAAUUCUGAAGAAUGGAUUAGCGCCUCAGCUUUUCUUCUCUUUACUCUGCUGUAAAGAUAUCGUGUUGGCGUUUUCUUUUCUCGUCAGAUUUUGCUGCGAUUACGGGGUGACUGCGGACAUUUGCGUUCCAACAAUUUGUCAGAACACCAAAAAAUUGAAACAAUCCGUGUGUUGGAAUGAAGACGUUCAAGAGUAUUUCAGGAGAUUGAAAGCUGACGAGAGGAAUGUCAUUACACUGGAGUCCCUCAAAUAUAUGCCACUGUGUCCAAAGGAAGCCAACGUUGACGGCUUUACGUUGAAGAUGAUCCGCGAUGAACCACUUUCCAAAAUCGAAAGCCUCGUGAGAGAUGGGAAGUGUUUUAUACAGUUUAAGUACGCGUGGCACGAAUAUUUCAAGAACAAUCGAACAUCACUCAAAGUGGUUGAGUACCUCUUGAAACACGGAGCAAAUGUGAACAACCGUGGCUCGUCUGGGGUGACUGCUUUGAUGUACGCAUGUCAACAGCAAGACCUGCGUCUUGUUUCGUUCUUCCUGGAAGCUGGAGCUGACGUGAAUCAACAGAAUUUCUUCGGUUCGACGGCUCUUCAUUAUGCAGUGAAGAGUGGAGAUGAUGACUCCAAAGUUGCUCAGGAAGUUAUCGAGAAACUACUUCAGCACAAAGCAGAUCCUACCCUAAAGAAUUUCCUCAAUGUAUCUGCUGUUGACUUGGCGAAGAAGAAAAAGAAAAUGGCGCUUCAUAAACUGAUGAUGGAUCAAGCAACGAACCAAGUAUGAUUUCGACAAAAGAGAACUUUGUAUUAGUGCCGGACAUAAUGAUCAUUUUCAUAUGUGGAACUGAGUAACACUGUUUCUAUAUUUCAAGCCAAAUACGACAAAUAUAUAGUGGCCUUUAUUAACCUUUUAAACAUUUUAAUUGCAUGUAAUGACAAACAAAGCUUAUAUUGUAAUUCUUUGUUAUAUAAAGAUUUUCCCGGACAUGUUUAUUGACUUUAUUCCAUGAUGUCGUAGCGUAAUUUUGUAAACCAGUGUUUAAACUUAU